AUGCCGAACAAGAAGAAAUACAACGUGAACGGAGAUUCGGGGAUUAAAGCCCAGAUCCAGUUUGCUGACCAAAAGCAAGAAUUCAACAAGCGCCCUACGAAGAUCGGCCGCCGUUCACUUUCCCGCUCCAUCUCGCAGUCCUCGACAGAUAGCUACAGCUCAGCUGCCUCCUACACAGACAGCUCUGAUGAUGAGACCUCCCCCCGAGACAAGCAGCAGAAGAACUCCAAAGGCAGCAGUGAUUUCUGUGUGAAAAACAUAAAGCAGGCAGAAUUUGGGCGCCGAGAAAUUGAAAUUGCUGAACAAGAAAUGCCUGCGCUGAUGGCUUUGAGGAAGAGAGCUCAGGGAGAGAAGCCACUGGCUGGGGCCAAGAUCGUGGGCUGCACGCACAUUACAGCGCAGACAGCUGUCCUAAUGGAGACCCUUGGCGCGCUGGGUGCGCAGUGCCGAUGGGCUGCGUGCAACAUCUACUCUACUCUUAAUGAAGUGGCUGCUGCCCUUGCCGAGAGUGGGUUCCCCGUCUUCGCCUGGAAGGGAGAAUCCGAAGACGACUUCUGGUGGUGCAUCGAUCGCUGCGUCAACGUUGAAGGAUGGCAGCCCAACAUGAUCUUGGAUGACGGAGGUGAUCUCACUCAUUGGAUUUAUAAGAAAUAUCCCAACAUGUUUAAGAAGAUCAAGGGGAUAGUAGAGGAGAGCGUGACUGGUGUCCACAGGCUGUACCAAUUGUCCAAAGCGGGGAAGCUCUGCGUCCCAGCCAUGAAUGUCAAUGACUCGGUCACAAAGCAGAAGUUUGACAACCUGUACUGCUGCAGAGAGUCCAUCCUGGACGGCCUUAAAAGGACAACAGACAUGAUGUUUGGAGGAAAGCAAGUAGUGGUUUGCGGCUACGGGGAGGUUGGAAAGGGUUGCUGUGCUGCUUUGAAGGCCAUGGGCUCCAUAGUGUACGUGACAGAGAUCGAUCCGAUCUGUGCCCUCCAGGCCUGCAUGGAUGGAUUCCGGCUCGUGAAACUCAAUGAAGUCAUCAGACAAGUUGACAUCGUCAUCACCUGCACAGGCAACAAGAACGUGGUGACCAGGGAACACCUGGAUCGGAUGAAGAACAGCUGCAUCGUCUGCAACAUGGGGCACUCCAACACCGAGAUCGACGUGGCAAGCCUGCGUACACCCGAGCUGACCUGGGAGAGGGUGAGGUCCCAGGUGGACCAUGUCAUCUGGCCAGACGGGAAGAGAAUAGUCCUUCUGGCGGAGGGACGCAUUUUGAACCUGAGCUGCUCCACCGUCCCCACCUUUGUCUUGUCCAUCACUGCCACCACGCAGGCUUUGGCUUUGAUAGAGCUGUACAAUGCUCCCGAAGGCCGCUACAAGCAAGACGUGUACUUGCUGCCUAAGAAAAUGGAUGAGUACGUGGCAAGCCUUCACCUCCCAACGUUCGAUGCCCACCUGACAGAACUAACGGAUGAACAAGCAAAAUACCUGGGGCUGAAUAAGAACGGACCUUUCAAACCAAACUACUACAGUUCCCAGUCUAACAGGAGCCUUCCGGAUAAAUUCAGCCAGUUUGAGCCAGGCUUUGGUGUUUAA